AUGCUGGCCAACAACCUGUGUCCAUCGGAAGAAGCUCCUAACUAUGCUCAGUUCCAAGUGAUCAAGCCGACUUGUGAGGCGUUUCAAGAAUGGAAUCCAGCUGCUGCAGCUCCAGUUCAGUACCCUCAGGCUCAGCAGUUUCCGUUUCUUUUUCCGCAAUCGGAAUGGUCUUAUCCGACCCAUCUCCAACUACAACAACCAACAAUGCUUCAACCGCACGAGAUGAAGGUUGACACCGAGCGACCUGAGGUGAUCCAACGACUCCCCCAUCCGUGGCCAUAUCCGUUCCCAAACGAGGAUGCAGCCCAUUCACAACUCUCCGACGACUCAGAACCUGGCUGUCCUGACGAUUUGGAAGCAUUUGCUAAACAAGUUCAAGCAAAGAAGGAUAAAACUCGGUUACACCCAAGCGGACGUCGGUUUGGCAUUGGGAACCCUGUAUGGGAAUGUGUUUUCUCAGACGACGAUUUGUCGAUUCGAAGCGCUCCAAUUAAUAUGUGCAAACUAAAACCGCUGUUGUUCAAAUGGCUGGAAGAGGCCGAUUCCACGUCGGCGAGUCCAAACUCGGCUUUCGAGAAGAUGACUGGUCAAGGUGGCAGAAAACGAAAGAAGAGAACUAGUAUAGAGGUGAACGUGAAGUCCCGGUUAGAGUACCAUUUCCAAAAGAACCACAAGCCAAACGCUCAGGAAAUCCUGCAAGUGGCCAACGAGCUCGGUUUGGACAAAGAGGUGGUUCGUGUUUGGUUCUGCAAUCGACGGCAAAAAGAGAAACGAAUGACGCCCCAGUUCGAUCAACAAAUGAUGAUCACCAGUCCGUAUCCGCCGUCGGACAUCUUCUACCCAAGCGGUUUACCGAUCAAUCCCUCUCAGUUCGAACUUCGAACAGGCUCCGGAUCAGCGUGA